AUGAUUCCGUCCAAGUUACUUCAGCCCCCGGCAGCGCCGUGCUCGGAGGUGAGCAACAAGGCCGCGGUGCCGUGGCUGAAGCAGAUCAGAGCAAAGUAG